UGCAGUAUUUUUAUAGAAGUAAAAGCAUUUUAGUUAAAAUUUGUAAAUAUAGUACGAUCUGCCAUAUUACUCGAUAUAUUUAUCAACUGUUUCCUAAAGAAAUUCUAAACUUUAGUUUAUUAUAAUAUUAUUUUAUAAUAAAACAGAAAAUAUGUUAUUUGUUAUGCAUGUUGCAUUAUAAUUUCUUUUGAUGAUUUGUUAAAAUUUUACUUUUUUCCUAUUGUUGCGCAUGUGUUUCUUUGAGAAAUGGUGGUUUCCUCGGUAACAAAAUUCCAAACAACGAAAAUACAACACAAUUUUUCAAAAUUGUUUUUAGAGUAAAUGUAAAUAAAAUCAAUUGUAAAAAUGAAAAGGAAUUAGUUCCCGGCAUAUUAAAAUCGGCUCAAAAUAGGAUAAAAAAAAAAUAAUUUUACAUGAUAAAUAAAAAAUUAAAAGAAAAUGGCCGCAAGGAUAGCUACAGCUAGAAAUUUAAUAGCUAUAACAAAUGGAACUAUCAAAAAAGACAAUGAAAAAUCACAUAAUUUAAAUAACAACAGUAUCAACAAUAGCAAUAAUCAAAAUAAUAAUAGUAAUAACAGUAAUAAUAAUAAUAACAAUAAUAAUAAUCAUGAGAAUAGAGAGACUAGUCAAAUUGUUCCAAUUGCAAUUGCAGCAACAGUCGAUCCACUUGCGGAACAUGUUGCAACUGCAAAUGGUAUUACUAUUAGUGAGGUGAUAACUCCAAAAAAAAUUAUUUUACAAACAAAUAAAAUCGAUGAUGGAGGUGUAGCUGUUAUCGAUGUUGUCCCUAUUGAAGCAUCCGAUUCAAGUAAUGAAGAAACUGUUACAACAUUAAAAACUUCACCAGAUCAUGAAUCAUUGGCAUCACAACUAAGUGCACAGGUAGCUGUUGUACAACACUCUGAUGGCAAUGAAAGUCCUCAAUAUAUUACAGUAACGGUUUCUACACAUGAUAACGUUGGUGGAUCGGAAUAUCAGGUUCAAUAUGUGAAUCAAGAACUAUACCAAAAUAAUUCCCAGAAUCAGUCACAAAUAUCUUACCCAUUUUGCGCAGUUGGAGAUUAUCAAUCGGGUAAUCAAUCGUAUUAUGCAACUACUGGGAAUUAUACAUCAGCAACAAAUACCUCAACAUCUCAUACUUCAAUGCCUUAUAUUGUUCCUGUAGAUGAAAACAUAUUAUUAGCUUCUUCUGCUAGUCGUGAUUCACCACAUAAUAUAACAGAAGUUUAUAUACAAGAAAAUCAUAACGCGCCACAAACUCCAACUUCAACUACAGCUAGCAUGUCUGAAACUGAUAAUAGUCAAUGUUUAAAUCAUGCGUCUAGAAUUGCUCCUCAAACGACAACUUGGCUUAUGGAAAAUUAUGAAACCGCUGAAGGUGUUAGUUUACCUAGAUCAACUCUUUAUAAUCACUAUAAGCAACAUUGUGAGGAAAACAAGCUGGAUGCAGUUAAUGCAGCAAGUUUUGGUAAAUUAAUUCGUUCCGUAUUCACUGGAUUACGAACACGACGUUUGGGUACAAGAGGCAAUUCAAAAUAUCAUUAUUAUGGGAUUCGUGUUAAACCUGGAUCAGCAUUAACACAUGCAAUGGAAGAAAAACCAAUUAAUAACUAUGCUGGAAAUUCCAAUAAUAUGAAUAUGAACAAAGUAAAUAAAAAAAAUGGUUCGAAACUUGAAACUUAUGAAGCGUGUGCGCAGUUUCUGGGUGACGGAGCUAAUGCUAUACCAAUUCUACCUAAUAUUGAUUACGACGACACUAUUUUAAAUGAAAUUACUAUAGAAGAUCUCGAAAUAUUCCGUUCAAUGUAUCGUGAGCAUUGUGAAUUCUUUUUAGAAGCAGUCCUUAAUUUAGAAUUUAGUACUAUUGAAUCACUUUGGAGAGAUUUUUGGCGCUCUGCUGAUAAUAACAAUUUAGACGAAUGUGAGGAAGAAAAAUAUUUAAGUAAAGCGAAAUUGUAUUUAAUGUGUCAAGGAGAAAAUGUUCAAAAAUUUAUUAAAGAGGUGGAUUAUGCAUUUUAUCAAAAUAUGGUUGAAGUUUUAAUUCCUGAUGUGCUUCGUUCUAUUCCGAAUUCCUUGACACAAGCUAUUAGAAAUUUUGCUAAAAACUUAGAAAUUUGGUUAAACGAAGCAAUGGCUGGAUGUCCUGAAAAAAUAGUGUUAAUAAAAACUUCGGCUGUAUCAGCAUUUUGUCAAACACUUAGAAGAUAUACCUCAUUAAACCAUUUAGCUCAAGCAGCAAGAGCUGUACUACAAAAUCCGUCACAAAUUGCACAAAUGUUAAAUGAUUUAAAUCGGGUUGAUUUUCAUAAUGUACAGGAACAAGCUGCCUGGGUUUGUCAAUGUGAUACAACAAUUGUGAAACGCCUUGAAACUGAUUUUAAGGCAGCUCUUCAACAGCAAAAAACUUUGGAACAAUGGGCAUCUUGGCUUCAACUUGUUGUUGAUUCAGCUUUAGAAGAAUAUCGCGGUAAACCGAAUUACGCGAAAGCUGCUCGCCAGUUUCUACUUAAAUGGAGUUUUUAUAGUUCAAUGGUUAUAAGAGAUUUAACACUGCGUUCAGCCUCAAGUUUUGGAAGUUUUCAUUUAAUACGGUUGUUGUAUGACGAAUACAUGUUUUUUUUAAUAGAACAUAAAGUUGCAAAAGCUCAAAAUACUACAGCUAUUGCCGUAAUGAGCAAUAAAUUGCUAAGAGACAAUGAGUUUGAAUUCAAUUAUCCAAUGGAUUUUAAGCCAGAACAGCACCAAAACAAAAGGAUUAAAUAUUAAUCAAUUUGUAAUAGUUUUAAAAAUAUUAUUUAAUAUUUAAUUUCUUGUCAUCAUAAUGAAUAAUAUUUUUUUACUUUUUUGAUAUUUUAAACUAUAUUUUCUGUGCACAACUAUUUUGAAAUAUUAGUAAAUUAAUAAGUGGUAACUAAGAAAGCUUCCUAG